GACUUAAGUUUUUUUAUUUAUCAUGAAAUUUAGAGAAAGUUGUAAAUUAUUGUUUUCAUUAAUGAUUACUUAUAUACUUUUAACCACAUUCAUAAAAUGUCAGAGAAAGGCAAAAUAUUACAAGUUUCAAUCUACUCUAAACCCUCAUCAAAGAAAAAUUUGCUUGACACUUGAUCAAACAUUAAAAGCUCGUCACAAAACAUGUUUCCUUCGUCCUGAUACCGGGCCAUGUAGAGCUGAUAUUAUUCAAUGGUAUUUUGAUGUGCGUCAAUCAAAAUGUUACCGUUUUUUCUGGGGAGGCUGUCAGGGUAAUGGUAACAGAUUUGAGUCCAAACAAGAUUGCGAAAAUUAUUGCUAUUUGAAUAAAACAAAUUCUCAUAGUGUAAUUCCACACUUUUGUUCACUCGCAUUUGAAUAUGGAAGCUGCUUUGGGUACUUUAAUCGUUGGUCUUGGGAUCCCUUAACUAAAACCUGUAGGAGACGGCUGUAUUCAGGGUGUGGAGGAAACCAAAAUAACUUCCAGAGUCGAAUUGAAUGUAUUUCAACAUGUUUAAAUCCUCCAAAUAAUACCUAUGAAAAAAGUCAUAUGCUUACAACUUGUAUUCCAAUAGUUAUUCAGGAUAUUCAUUAAACAAUACAAUAUUAAUGUUGAGUAAUAAAACAAUAUAAAAGUGUUCUAAAAUUUUAUUACAUAUUUAUUGUGAUUGUGAUGUAGAUUGAAGAAA